UUUCCUCUUUUGUCCUCUUUCUCAAAAUAAAUUUGUUUUUCAUUGCGAUCUGUUUCUUAAUUUCGACGUGCUUCAAUUUCACAUUUCAGAUCAGACUAAUAUUUAUUGUUGCAAUGACUAAAGCUGAGCAAAUUGUCGAAAAUCGCAAGAAGACCAUGCGUGGAUUGAAAAUUCAAAAACUUUGCUUAAACAUUUGUGUUGGCGAGUCGGGAGGUAGACUUACUCGUGCAGCUAAGGUUCUUGAGCAAUUGACUGGACAAACACCCGUUCUUUCCAAGGCCCGUUAUACCGUUCGAGCUUUUGGCAUUCGUCGAAACGAAAAGAUCGCUGUUCACUGCACGGUUCGUGGCUCAAAAGCUGAGGAGAUUAUUGAUCGUGGUUUGAAGGUCAAGGAAUUUGAACUUUAUAGAGAAAAUUUUUCGGACACUGGCAACUUUGGGUUUGGAAUCCAGGAACAUAUCGACUUGGGCAUAAAAUACGAUCCAUCAAUUGGAAUCUACGGGAUGGAUUUCUACGUUGUCUUGGGACGUGCUGGAACUCGUGUUGCUAAACGCCGUCGUGCUAUUGGACGUAUUGGAUCUUCUCACCGCGUUACCAAGUAG